AUGGAGGAGGACGGCAGGGUGGGAGAGGGAGCGACAGGAGCAAGAGGAGUCAAGGGGGGGGCGGGAAAGGAGUUCCGGUUGGGGGAGGAGGAGGAAGAGGCAGCUGCGGUUGUAGGUCAAGGUGCUGCUGCAGGCGAUGGAGCAACUGCUGGAGCUGGAGGAGGAGGUGCCAGAGCUGCUGCUGGUGCUGCUGUUGCUGCGGUUGCUGCUGCUGCUGCUGCUGCUGCUGCUGCUGCUGCUGCUGCUGCUGCUGCUGCUGCUGCUGCUGCUGCUGCUGCUGCUGCUACUACUGCUGCUGCUGUUGCUGCGGAGGAGGAGGAGGAGGAGGAGGAGGAGGAGGAGGAGGAGGAGGAGGAGGAGGAGGAGGAGGAGGAGGAGGAGGAGGAGGAGGAGGAGGAGGAGGAGGAGGAGGAGGAGGAGGAGGAGGAGGAGGGGGAAGGAGGAGGAGGAGGAGGAGGAGGAGGAGGAGGAGGAGGAGGAGGAGGAGGAGGAGGAGGAGGAGGAGGAGGAGGAGGAGGAGGAGGAGGAGGAGGAGGAGGAGGAGGAGGAGGAGGAGGAGGAGGAGGAGGCUGA